GUUAGAGCUGUCAGUUACUAUGGGGGUGAAGGGCUUGUGCUCGCUGCUGGAGGACUACAGCCAGAUCUACCAGGACAUCCACUUCAGGGACAGCAAGCUACUAGUGGACGGCAAUAACCUGGCCUACCGGCUGUAUUUCACGUCCAACCUGGACCAGAACCACGGCGGGGAGUACCUGGCCUUCCAGGUCCAGGUCCAGGCUCUCUUCAAGGCUCUAGCUGAGUGUGGAAUCAAACCGUACGUGGUGAUGGACGGAGGCACGGGCGCCAGUGACAUCAGGCUGGACACCAUCAUGGACCGGGCCAGAGGGAAGGUCCGGAGGGCCCAGGGCGCCGCUCUGACGGGCAAGAGGAGGGACAUCCUUCCCAACUUCAUCUUGUCGGUGUUCGAACAGACGCUGAGCGAUAUGGAGGUAUCGCUGGUCAAGUGCUUCGGAGAGGCUGACGGCCAGCUGGCUGCCCUGGCCAAAGAGUGGUCCUGCCCGUUGCUGUCCGGAGACACUGACUUCUUCGUCUUUGACCUUCCAAAGGGGGUUCUACCACUGCAUCACUUCCAGUGGGACUCCGUUAAAACAAGUGGGGCCCAGAGGUACAUCCCCUGCAGGCGAUACACCAUGUCCAGCUUCUGCACCUUCUUCAACAUCGACCGCCAGCUGCUGCCCGUCUUCGCCUCGCUGGCAGGGAACGACUACGUCAACCUCAAAGAAAUAAACUGGGACCAAAAUGUUCUUGCAGGAAGACGGACGGAGUUGUCUCUGACCGCCCGCCUGGAUGGACUCCUGAGGUGGAUGAGAGGCUUCCAGACGACAGAAGACACCUUGACAGCAGCGAUGGAUCUCAUGCCCAACAUGAGUCAACAGGCACGGACGGAGGUGCAGACGGGGGUGCAGAAGUCCAUGCUGGAAUAUCGCCUCCUCAGCUCCUCUCUGCGGGGGUUCUUCAGCGAGGGAACCAUUCCCUCGCUGCCUGCUAAGAUGUUGAGCUGCGUCCCCGACUGGGUCCGCGCGCCCCUGGCCAGAGGAGAGCUGGGGGCCGACAUCCUGGACCUGUUGGUGCACAAGAGGAAGAUAUUGCCGACCCAGGUGGAGCCCCGCGCCCAACAGAGCUCCAACCUCACCUCACGGCCCAUCCGGCAGGUGUUGUACGGGCUGCUGCUGGGCCGGGGAGGGGGCAAGGUGGAGGAGGUGGACCGGGUCGGUCUGGAGCUCGUCAGUGUCAAGGUACAACCGCUGGUCCAAGGAGCCGCUCGGACGCUGAGGCUGGACUCUCUGCCCCAGGCAGACCGCGCUGUGAGGCUGCAGGUGUGUCUGGAGACGCUGGGCGUGGAGGAAGAGACACUGGAGGGAGUUCCGGCUCACCUGCGCCUCCCAGUGGCUGUGACCCGCUACUGGCUGAGGAGGGCCAGCCCUGAGCCGACGCUCCUCAAAGCUCUGCUGAUGGUCAUGGUCCAAGGAGAACUGAACCGACGGACAGGAGGGACAACAGGCUGGCAGGGGGAUACCAACCACAUCUCUGAGCCUCCAUAUUUUGUUGUGGCUCACAGCUUCAACCAAUGGCAGGCCAGCCUGAAGGACGCCUCCCAGCUUAACCUGCUGCUCUGCAAGCCCCUCCCCAAACCCCACUUCUCCUGGUUGUACCAGGGCAGGCUGGUGCACCGGCGGCAGAAGCAGCUCCAGGAGAGGGAGCCAGAGGACAUGGUACAGGACGACCAGUUCAGGAGACUGUACAGGAGGCUCCUGGGAGCAGUGACCCAGUCAGACCCCGGGGCCAACAGGAGAGCUGGGGGGCCUGAGGCCCAGCUGAGGGCCAGCAUGGAGCACCUUCACCUCAACACCGAGGAGGAGGAGGAGGAGGAGGAGGAGCUUGAAGGGGCUGAAGGUCUGGAUCAGGGCUCUGAUAGGCCUAGGGUGACGGUUAGAACACGCUACAGAACCAAACACAGGAAGGACCGUUCCAGAAACCCAGAACUGGGGAGGAAGCAGGAGAGGGAGGGGUGGUUGUGA